CUGUUAUCCCAAGAACUUUGAAAGCGAUUGAAAAUGAGCCAGAUGUAAUCAAAGAACGGGAUUUUCAAAUAAAAAUUUUGAAAGUAGUUUAACUUCUCCUUUAAUAUCUCUGUAUCUUCAUCUUGUUGUUUUGUAUUGAUGAACGAUGCAACAUGGGUCGUCCCCAGUCGAUCGGAAAUAUUCAUGUCAACUUCUUCGUUUUGCUGCGGGCCGCCGCCGAUCGGAUAUCACUCUCUCGAGCUUCAUAGCAAAACUUCCGGCCUGGCCAAGUUGAAAAAAAUACCCAAAGUAGAUUUCAAAUGCCAGUCAACAAUCUUACCCGGGAAAUAAUCGGCAUAUCGACACGUGGCUCUCAAUUACUGAUCCACGCAGAAGAAAUUCCCGCCGAAGAGAAUGGGCAGCAAAGACACGCCUUGAACAAGAGAUUUCAGAAUAAUCUCUUGUUUUGUUUGUUUGUCGGUCUGUCUGAUCAUCUCUUCUUUUCGUCUUCCUCUUCUUCAAAAGAGAAAAAGAAAGAGAGAAGGAAAACCCUGUUUAUAAAGCAUAUAUACGUGUAUAUAUAUAUAUAUAUAUUAGUAAUGGGGAAGAAAAAGGACAUGAUAAGGUUGGAGAGAGAAUCUGUUAUCCCCAUUCUCAAGCACAAGCUUAUCACGGCCUUGGCCAACCACCUUGAAAAAAAGCCUGUUCGGGAUGAGUUCUUAAAGCUCUGUCAGAGAGUUGAAUACACAAUUCGAGCUUGGUACCAUCUACAUUUUGACGAUCUCAUGCAAUUAUAUGCUCUUUUUGAGCCCGUACAUGGGGCUCACAAACUGGAGCAGCAGAACUUAACUCCUGAAGAUAUUGAUGUUCUUGAACAGAAUUUCAUCACCUACUUGUUUGAGGUAAUGGAGAAGAGCAAUUUUAAAAUGAUGACUGAUGAGGAGAUUGAUGUUGCUCUUUCUGCACAGUACCGUCUAAAUCUACCAAUAGCAGUUGAUGAGACUAAGGUAUCUUUUUGUGUGUCCGUAUGUGCAUGCAUAAAAGUUGAGACUUUGCCUCCUGAUUUGAUGAUUCCAAGUUUCUGUUUUUUGUACAUAAUCUUCCGUCGCGGCUUUGGAAUUGAUCAUAUGACUGCUUACUUUAUCAAUGCUAAAGUGAAUACCAUUGUUAGGCGUAUAUGGAGAUGUUUCUUAAUAGUGACUGGGUUAAGAGUUCUCUUUGGAAAGAAAAGAACACAUAAUGUCAACGGUGCAACAGAACCAGUUGAGAUCAGCAUUGAUGCAGCAAAAGAUGACUUAUAUGUUGAACGAAUCCGCAUAGAGAAACUCAACCUCAGUAUCUCUAAUCUGCUAAGAAAGAUAACAAUCCAAGAGCCGACUUUCAGUAGAAUAAUUGUCAUUUACAGGAGAGCACCUAGCAAAAAGGAAAUGGAACGGAAUAUAUAUGUGAAACAUUUUAGGAACAUCCCGAUGGCUGAUAUGGAAAUUGUGCUUCCAGAAAAGAAAAAUCCAGGUUUAACUCCACUAGACUGGGUCAAGUUCCUUGUUUCUGCUGCAAUUGGGCUGGUUACAGUGAUUAGUUCACUUAGCAUCCCUAAAGCUGACAUCCGGAUCAUCCUUGCUAUUCUGAGCACGGUGGUUGGUUACUGUGUUAAAACAUAUUUUACGUUUCAGAGAAACUUAGUUGACUAUCAGAGCCUAAUUACACGGUCUGUAUAUGACAAACAGCUGGAUAGCGGAAGGGGUACACUUCUUCACUUGUGUGAUGAGGUGAUUCAACAAGAAGUAAAGGAGGUUAUCAUUUCAUUCUUUAUUUUGAUGGAGCAGGUAAAAGCUACAAGUAAGGAGGAUCUUGACCAGCAAUGUGAAAGACUCCUUAAAGAAGAAUUUGGUGAGAGCUGUAAUUUUGAUGUAGAUGAUGCUGUUCAAAAGUUGGAGAAGUUAGGAAUUGUAAUUCAGGAGAGAACUGGAAUGUACACAUGUGUGGAUCUAAAGCAAGCUAAUGAGAUCAUUGGCACAACCACAGAGGAGGUUGUCCUUAGGGUUAAACAAGGUGGUAAGAUGAAAAGGCAGGCUUCUGAGUCAGCAAGCAAAAGUUUCAAGGAGAAAAAGGAAGAUUAUAUCCAAUAUGCAGAUGAUGAAUUUGACAAUCUGCUGCUCUAGGAGCAUUUUCUAUGAAACUGUUCUGCUUGCAAAUUUGGGAAAUUUUCUUUCAACAACUGUCAAUAUGCAUCAUAACAUUGUAAUUUAUCCAGAGUUUAUAUUUGUUCUGAAGCCAAAACUUAUUGUUUUUGUUCUUUUUCUUCUCUCAUAUAUGGUACUU